AUGCCGGGACGGCAGCAGGACCAGGACAAGGACCAGGCUAGCAACACUGACACCACGCACAUGCAGAAGCGCCAGACUAAUUGGUGGUGGUCGAUGGCUGACGCAGCUGCGAGUAACGCCAAUCCUGUGUACGUCACCAGAACAGCGACCUCCGACACAGCCACUGAAAAGACGGCGGGUAGCUGUCUGAGCAAAAAGCUGUGGGCCGCGAUACCGUUUGUGCUUGUCGUUAUUGUGGUUUUCGUGGCUUUACUUGCAGGUUAUUCGAAUCUACGUGGAGCCUGCUACAAAGCGUUCAACACCUUGGUGAACUUCGGGGACGCUAUCCUGCACUGUCGUCUGGAUGGUGGUACACUCGCCAUGCCCCGGGACCCGGCCACCAACGACUUCCUCAUCUCCCUCAAAAACCACGUCAACCCCAAUGCCCGCUUCUGGAUUGGACUGCACGACCAGCGAAGGGAAGGACACUUCGAGUGGAUGGAUGGAGUUGCACUUGGAAGGUACAAGCCGUGGGAUUCACAUCAACCAGAUGAUGCUAAAGACAAGGAGGACUGCGUUCAAUACUUUAUGUACACUGAGUCCCGCUUUGGAGCAAACAAGUGGAAUGAUGCUGACUGCAAUGAUCCAUUUCCCUUCAUAUGCCAGGUGACUCCAGAUGCCUGA